UUCAUCCCAUCAGUCAUUGCGGUGAAGUUGGUGACAGCUGGGAAAAGUUCGAUCCAAACUUUUCAGUAGUUUCAUAUAAUGAGUGUGUUUUCCACUAUCGUCACCGUCCUGUGGAGGGAUAUCCACCGCCAUUUUCACUCCGAUUGAGAAAGAGAAGGAGUGAACCUAACCGAACUAACACUAUUUCUUAUUUCUGGAAAGUACACCGAGAGGCUAUCACCUGUCGGUUCUACGGCCACACUUGGACUCUUCUCCAUCGCUCGGGGAUCAGACACGCUUUGAGCCAUGCCGACUCUCGCCUUGUUUGGUCUGAUGUGUAUACUUGGCGCAGUGGCGUCCGACGAUUCUGGAGAAUGCUCGGGAGACCUUGUGACGGGAUUCAGUGCUCGCCAAGGCGGGGAGGGGAUCCACACAGAGCUGCAAACUGUACGGGCGGAAUGUCCGAUAAAAUGCGGCUCGAUAUGCUGUAACACAGAGGGCUGUAACAUCGCAGUGUACGACAACGCCACCACAGAAGGAACUCCAAACUGCCGUCUGCUUACAUGCAACCCUCUAGAAGCCUGCAUUGGUUUUAUUGAAGAGACAGAUACCACUUUUGUGGUACUAGUCACAAAAAAACUUGCUCGUAAAAAGCGAGCAGCACCUGAUGCAGGAAAUCCCCAAGGUUUCCCUCCACUCAGUGGAAAAGAUCCUUCUGGAAUUACACCUAACACAUCCGCACCUGGAGCGGGUACCUCACCAGCUGGGAGUAAUACCACGACUGUAUCAUCACAGGCAAAUAACAGUUCCAGUGUUCCUGUGUCGGGUAAUAACACUGCUACCACGACCGCUGGUGCAACAUCUAGUAAAGCAGACGAAAACGCGCCGAACGGAAAUGUUUCACCAUCCGCAGCGCCUCCUUCUCCAGGUGAAGGUCAGGGGACUCUGAUAAGCGGUAACGGCACAUUAAAUCAGUCGAACCCUGUACCACAAGGCAAUAUCACACAGAAUGUAAGUAGCGACUCGACUAAUACAAUGCAGGACAAGUCGACAGGCGUUGAGAUUGACGGUGCUGGGGUGAUAGGGAACAGCGUUCCAUCUCCCCCUCCCGGGGGUAACGCCACGGCUUUGAACAGUACCUUAUCUCCAUCACUCUCAGGGAAACAGGACCUGGCGAGUGCUGCUGGAGCAGUUCCUUCUUCUGCCCCGACUCCUCCGCCUCCCGGUGGCCAGGUAGGCGGCGUCCCUGGUGAAAAUGUCUCAAGUAACGCCACGUUAUCUCCUCCUCUUUCUGCAAUACAGGAUAAGGACAAAGGAGUGCCCAUUGCAGAUGAUUCAAAACUUUCUGGGGGAUCCUUCCCCACCCCACCCCCUCUUGGUCAAUCGGGUAGCACUACUAUUAGGACGCCACCACCCCCUUCUCCAGCCACCCCGCCUUUCCCCACUUCUCCCGAGACGCCCGCUGCCGCACCAACUAUCAGCAGUGGAACUACUCCUUUCCCUACACCCCCUCCUCUUGGAAACAAAAACCAGACGACGUAUCCAACUCCCCCACCACCUUCAACGACGACAUCAUCUACAACAACAAGUGGUCCUACUACAUCACCGCAGUCACCGCAGUCGCCGACGACAACUCAGGGGCCUACUACGUCGCCAACAGCAACGUCACAAUCUACAUCUACAACAACAACACAAACUACAAUAACGCCACCAAAACGUUUGACAACGGUGUCCACAACAAAGAACCCAUCGUCGGAGACAACUGCUACAACAACAAUAGGCCAGUCAACAACAACAUCAUCCACAACCACGGCUUCCACGCAGGGCACAUCGCCAGCAGCUACAACUCUAAGUUUAGCCACGGAGCAAACAACAAUACAAUCCACAACACCGUUGGAGACACCAGCACAAACAUCGUCCCCCACGACACAAACUACGCCAAACGACGUCGGCUCAACUACAUUUUCACCGACAACGACAUCAGCGACAGCGAACCCACAAGGUAAUGCUAGUGAUGCGGAAAUUGUAGAGGCAGAAGAGAUGCUAGCAGGCGCAAUACUAGAACAAGAAACAAAUAUCUUAUCGAAAGAAACUCCUGACUCCAAUGGCGGGAACGGAACGCUAAGCCAAUCAGCGUCGACCGCUCAAGCAGACUCAGGGCACUUGAUGGUUGUUGUUCUUGCAUCGGCGUUGUCCAUUGGUCUGUUCAUCUUCCUUGUGGUGAUUAUUAUUGUUGGGAAGCGAGUGUUCGAGAGCUGGCAGCGACGCCAUUACUCCCGGGUGGACUACCUAGUGAAUGGGAUGUACAACUGACGGCGUGACUUAGAAAUUGUGACACCGAAAUUCAUUCUAUCAUGUGCAAUCAAUUCAUUUCUUCAUGAUCUUUGUCAAAAGUCAGCGUUUCUGUGGAAAAUGGAAUGCGUUCCCAUCAUGUUUCCAUGGCAACGUUUUUAAGUCACUGACAUUUGACGUCACCAUAUGUACUGAAUGAGUUUGACUGAUGAUAUCUGGUGAAUAUAGACGAAGUGUUCUGUAUAUAGGCUUGGAAGCUGUUGUUGUUGCUGCUGAUGCUGCUGUUGUUGAUGCUGUAUCAUAUGCUCGAACAACACAUGUCCCUACCUGACUGACGGCAGUCACCGGCCUGUACUUAAAAGUAAUCCCACAUCCUCCGUCCUCUCAACACACGACAACAAAUUCGGCAUCUGUGUCAACAGCAACAUCAAGCGAAUGCAUGUUUGCGUCCGUUCGAAUUGUAAAAUCUCGUGAUGUAUUUUCAUUCACAAGGGCUUGUAACACGAAACCCAUAGCACCAAGGUAUGUAUUGUUAUCAAAGGUGUCUCAGCACAACGUAAAACCCCGUCAGCGACACUGUAUACCUUCAUGAGGUGGUAUUUGGUUCGUGUGUGUUCUUGCAUUCCCUUUGUCAAUCUCAGUUGUUACUAAUCAGAAUCUCAAAGACGGUGACUUUGCCUUCAAAGGGGUACAGUUCAAGCGGUGUAAGGACGUCUCUUCAUCCAUUCAUGUCACUAAUCAAAUUUAGUGAACAAAUUAGUAUAUAUUCAAGCCAAAUUAAACAUAAUCUGCAUAUCAUUACCGUAUGUAGAUAGACAAGUAUUACAAUUGCCUUGAGAUAAAAUCACAUUGAUAGGGAUGUCAUUUAUUGUAUGCAUAGGCGGAUCCAGAGAGGGGUGGGGGGUGCCAGGGGUGCGCACUCCCCCUUUUGCCCUGAAAGUUGACCAUUGAAACUCUGGUGAAAAUGAAGUGUGCACCCUCCCUUUUCUCAAUAGUGUGAACCCCCCCUUUCUCAGAAAGCUGUAUCCGCCCCUGGUUUGGGGUAAGGGUUUUAUCUCAUGUACACAUCUCUUCGAGGUACUUUGGCUGCUGACCAAUCUUAAACCGCUUAGCAUAAGACCCUUGAUGAUGUCAUACAUAGCACCUGUGAAUUCGUGUGAUAGCGAAGAUGCGUGCAUUGUUUUGGGUAAAUUUAAAUCGAUUGAACAAUAAACAAUAUUCUAUUAUAUCGUCACACAUUGUUGAAUAGAUGACUAUAGUAACAUUGUCCAUCUCACGGGUAGGGAAACACGUAAACGAAGUGGUACGAACGUUGUCAGUGCGGGUAGUUACCGAGUACUGGAAUAAAGGUUUUGAACAAACCGAA